AUGGCAACGCUCCUGAAGCAAAUAUCCAAAAUGGAAAAAUCAUUGGAAAUGCUUCUAGCAAUUAAUGCUGAGGAAAUAGAGGAUAAUGAACCUAUUCCUGAACCAAUCCCAGUAAAAACUGAGAAGAAAACAUGGUCAGAUUUGGUAGAAGAAGAAGGACAAUCUUCUACUAAAGAAAUCAAAAAAUGGUAUGUGAUAUAUGAUGGAGAUCAUCCAGGACUAUACAACUCUUGGGGAAUAGCUUCAUCCCACAUACAUGGAAAGAACGUUAAACAUGAAAGCUUCAAAACAAAGGAAGCAGCACAAGCAGCUUUUGAUGAAUAUCAAAAGAAGUAUAGUACAAAGCUAAUUAGGCCAGUGCUUGAUACAAAACAUUCCGGAAAAAAUAUGGUAGUAAUCGGAAAAACUACACAUCUCAGAGACAUGAUGAAGAAUGUCUUCGAGAAUAACGAAGGAAGUACUAACGAAGCCCUUAGUGCUUCACUUGCUUCUUUUUGCAGGAACUGGAGGAUGAUCGCAGAUUAUCGCGAGGAAUACUCAAAACAGGGUUUCUACCCAAAAUACGGAGGACAAGGAUGUCUACGAGCCGUAUUCAUAGAAGAUGCAGAUCCUACAAUGGUCUACAGCUUCUUCGUCAAUGGGAUGGUCGAUUCCAUCUACACAAGGAGCAUCAAAGUGCUCUCUCAAUUCCCUCAUCGUUUCCAGCAGCUGGUACGACGAUACAUGGAUAACUUUGCCAAAGGUCAAGUCAUCUACUUGCGAGUACGGUCAACAUACCCCGUAUUUGACGACUCGGACAAGGCAAAUCUCUUAGUGCCAUCACGAGCACUAAUCAACAUGGGUAUCGCCGGAAAAUCUGGACUACCACCAAAAGAUAUACCAAUAUACCCUGAGGUUGAUGGUAUAGCAAUGGCAACAGCCUACGCCGGACUGUUCAAAGCAUUAGCGGACUUUGGUGAGCAACCAACCAUCAGAGUUCACUACUCAAAUGGUAGGAACAUAGUGGUUUACACCAAAAAUAGUAAACCCAUUUCCCCAGAAGGAGCCAUCCACUUGGUAACAAUGGAGAAAUGUUUCUACAAUUUCUCGGGAAUCCUACAGCAAAUCCCGCUAGAUCUACAGAGAAUGAUCUGUCAGAUGAUUCGACAUAACAGAAAUCAUCUAUGUUCAUUCUGCCAAGAAAAUAUCGAGCAAGCUCCUAGACAGCCCAGCUCGGAGGAAGAUGACUUUGUCGACAUCAACAGUCUUCAUGCCGAUGAAGCAUUCGGAGAAGAAGAAGCAGAGCUGAGUCACCCAUGA